AUAUUACCAGGGCGUGACUGGCUGAAGGAGGUGACACGUCGAGUUUCAAAGAGAAAGAGCGUUUGUGAUGCAGCUAAACUCCAUCAACUCGGCCUCUUUUUCGACACGGAUCUUCAGCUCCAAAACUUGGCAGGCGAUCAAGACAAGCUUUUACUUGGCGCAACUACAGAUAAGCAGGACCUUGCUGCACAUGAGGUAGUGAGUGCUGCAGUCGUGGCUUAUAUCCAGGAGCUGCUUCUGGAGAGUUAUGAUAUGACGUUAAAAACGCUGGAGCUCAAAAGGAAUACAUCACGUCAGACAAGCACAAUAUUCGUGUCUUCGAAUGUCAAGUCAGCAAAGGCGAUUGUUUUACUUCUCUGUGAUGGCUUAUGGUCGAACAAAAUCCAUGUCAAGGACUCCCUUCUUACAGUAUUGGCAUUUCUUGAAUGGGCUCACGGGCUUGGGAUGGCAGUGGUUGUUCUAAAUCCAAGCGAGGUGGCGUUCAACGUGCAAACCAUUCCAUCUUGUGUUUUUUUUGUUUGUUGUGGGACUGACAAAGAGCAUUGCAGCAAGCUGCAAGUGCCGACAUUUCGCUUGAGCACGUUCUAUGUGGAUGGGACUUCGUCUACACAACUUUCCCUGGCACGGUGCUUGCUGUCGUUGCUCACGGCUCUGGAGGAAAGCUCGCACUCGAUCUUUUAAGCCGCAGACAUGUCGUCCUUCCUGAAGAUUGGGAAGCUGUCCAGCGACUGAGAUGCUUCGCAUUCUGCAAUUCAGAGAUUCCAAGCGAUUCUUUGCAAGUGCUUUCUCGUCGGCAAUUAAACUUCCUUGAGAGCAACUGCACUAAUUGGGUCUCAGAAGACAAGCUGGCGACAGAAAGAAGCCCGAUAAAACAGGUGCCCUCUGGAGCAAAG